AUGGCUCGACUUGCUCAGGGGACAAAGGUGCUCACAGAAGGAGGACAGGAUAAUGUAUUUCAACAUACUUUUGAGAUUCUGCCGGGAGAGAAGCUCCUGAUGGCAUAUGCUUGCCAUCUAUCCACUUCCACCGGUCCUGUCAUUGGGACACUGUAUUUGUCAAACAAGAGACUGGCCUUCUGUAGUGAUAACCCUCUUUGCCAAUACUCUCCCUCGGGGCAGCAACAGUGGAUGUAUUACAAGGGAUUGAAUAUCUUCACUAAGGGUGGGAACAUGCAAAUUAUGCACUUUGAUUUCAAGCCUUACAAUAGCCUUCUCGACAAGCGUUUCACUCCUAAAGUAUUGGACUUUGUGCUCGUGAAGUUGUACCCUGACGAGCUAAACACCGCGCCUCUAACUGCCGCAAGAGGAGCCUUUGGAUGCAUGGCUGCAGAGCUGGUCUAUAAUAACUUCGGGGGCGUCUCUUACAAGGCCGAUGUCUGCAGUUUAGGCAAAUAG